UCUUAUACAACGCGGGUUCCUCCUACUAGGCCGCCUUCAGCCUAGUGCUGCAGCCUUAGGCAACGACCCAGCUUCCGCGCUCCGAAAAAAAAUCCCAUCCCCGCCGAGCUCUUUUAUUAAGACGGUUCACUGCGCCCCUCGCCGAAUUGGUUCUUCAACUUCUCCUCCGACCUUUCUUCAUCUCCCCUUUUGAACUGAAAUUCUCAACAUAAUUACUUUUCCUGUUGUUGAAUUCUUCGUUGCGACUGAACCAUCCUCUUGCUUCCCGGGCCGCAAUCACUCCGAUUUGAGUCACGUCUCUCAAUCGCGCACCUUUAAACACCACAAUGGCUGAUGAGCAGAAGCCCGUCGCUAACGCGGCCGCCGAGCAGGACGUCCAGAAUGUCCUUGCUGAGCUGAAGGAGAACGGUGCCUCCACCGAGACUGACAACGCCGACAAGGUCGACGCCGACGAGGCGCGCAUUGUCGCCGAAGCCGCCAAGCUCGGUGAAAAGUCAGAGCAGUCGGAGGAACAGUCGCAGCAGCAGCGCGAUUCGCGCCCUCAGCGUGGUGGUCGCUUCACCCGCACCAACAACGCCAAGUUCGACCCUUCCUCGCAGAAGGAGACUGACGACCCGGUGGAGAUCCGCAAGCAGGUUGAAUUCUAUUUCUCCGAUUCGAACCUGCCCAUGGACAAGUUCCUCCUGUCCAAGGUUGGCGGCAGCGCCAACAACGCCGUGCCCCUUAGCCUCCUUCACUCCUUCAAGCGCAUGCGUCGCUUCCAGCCCUUCGAGGCUAUCGUCAAGGCUCUCAAGGACUCGGAGGUCCUGGAGCUGACCGAUGACGACACCGCCAUCAAGCGCAAGGUCCCUCUGCCCGAGUCCGUGAACAACGACAACAACGCAGAGGCCGUCAAGGUCUUCGAGGACAAGGCCAUGGCCCGCAGCAUCUACGCCAAGGGCUUCGGCAACUUCGGCGAUGAGGAGCCGACCACCCAGCUCGACAUCGAGGCCUUCUUCGAGCCCUACGGUCCCAUCAAGGCCGUCCGCCUGCGCCGGACUCAGGACAAGACGUUCAAGGCCAGUGUCUUCGUCGAGUUCGCCGACGAGGAGAAGCAGAAGGCCUUCCUGGAGCUUGCCGAGAAGCCCAAGUGGAAAGGCGAAGAGCUGGUCGUGAAGAGCAAGAAGGAGUACUGCGAUGAGAAGGUGGCUGACAUCAAGGCCGGCAAGGUCUUCGCCAACACUGGCCGCGGUGGUCGUGGCGGUCGUAGCCGUGGUCCUGGCCGUGGUCAGGGUGGACGCGGUGGUCGUGGUGGCCGUGGGGGCCGCGAUGGCCGUGAUGACAAGCGCGACUGGCGCGAGCGCCGCGAUGAGGACCAGAAGAGCGGCUUCAAGAAGGACACCCGGGGCGUUCCCGUUGUGCAGGCUACCGGUGAGAAGCGCUCUCGCGAGGAUGAGUCCCACGGGGACCACCCCGCUAAGAAGGUGGAUGCCAAGGAGUAGAUGGAUCGCUCGUCACCUCAAUUUGCAUUUUUCUUAUGGGUCGGCCGGGAUCAAAAAGUGUGAUGAUAUGAACACAGUUACAUAGGCGUUUAUGUUUCUUCAAUUAUUCUGAUUUCAUCAUGAUUCAAGUUCAAGUCUUGCGUUUGUAUCCUUAUUGUAGAGAUAUAUCUUCGACUAUCAGUCAAAUUACAUCAUAUCACGAGUCUCAAGAAUUCACCAUACAGG